AUUCCUCCCCUCUAUCUGUGAUUGCCUGUUUUCGUCCGGUGUUCUAACUGAGUCGCUCGUUGAGUUGCACCAACGUUAUUGUCGGCAUCAUUAUUUAAUAAUUUAUACAUAGUCGAUAGUCUUCUUUCCAAUAUUCCUCUUUUUCUAGGUUUUUCUCGAGGGUUUUUAGUUUAAUAUUAUUAGUUUGUGAUUGGGAUGGAAUCGGAGGAUGAUAUGCAGGAUGCGUACGAAUUGGCGUCGGCGGAGGAGGAAGACUAUUACAGCGGCGGUGAUGACGAUGGAUAUGCUGCAGAAGACUACAGCUGUGGGUACGGCUAUGGUGAUUGUGAUGAUGACGACACUGGUGAUUAUGAGUUCAUGUCCAAUGACUCUGAUGCAGAUGAAGUUUCCGCUAGUCGUGCACAGAAGAAUUAUACCGUCUUGAAGGAAGAAGACAUACGGAAAAUUCAAGGGGAAGAUAUUAUGAGAAUCUCUAAUGUUCUCUCCAUUUCCAGAGAAGCAGCAUGCAUACUGUUGCGCUGCUAUAAUUGGAAUGUGAAUGACGUGCAUGAAGAAUGGUUUGCUGAUGAAGGACGAGUCCGUAAAACUGUUGGUUUACUGGAGAAUCCGGUGGUUCAAUUUUUGAAUGCUAAGGAAGUGACUUGUGGCAUCUGUUUUGACAACUACACUCCUGAGCUGGUACAUUCUGCAGUGUGUGGCCAUCCUUUCUGUGACUCGUGCUGGAGAGGUUUUCGAAGUACACUUAUCAAUAUAUAUAUAGAUGGCCCUGGAUGCUUGACACUAAGAUGUCCUGGUCCAUCUUGUGGGGCUGCUAUUGGCCAAGAUAUGAUUGAUAUGUUGGCAUCUGAUGAAGAUAAGGAGAAGUAUUUUCAUUACCUUCUGAGAUCUUUUGUUGAAGACAGCCGAAAGACCAAGUGGUGUCCUGCCCCGGAUUGUGAUUGUGCAAUUGAAUUCGUUAUUGGGAGUGGAAACUAUGAUGUCACUUGCAGCUGUUCGUAUAGCUUCUGUUGGAAUUGUAUAGAGGAAGCUCAUCGUCCAGUGGACUGCGAAACAGUGGCCAAGUGGAUUUUGAAGAACAGUGCUGAGUCAGAAAACAUGAAUUGGAUAUUGGCCAACUCCAAACCUUGUCCGAAGUGCAAGCGUCCAAUUGAAAAGAACCAAGGUUGUAUGCACAUGACUUGCACUCCACCGUGCAAAUUUGAAUUUUGCUGGCUAUGUCUUGGUGCAUGGAUAGACCAUGGUGAGAGAACGGGAGGAUUUUAUGCAUGCAACCGUUAUGACUCAGCAAAGCAAGAGGGAGUGUAUGAUGACACUGAGAGGAGGAGAGAGAUGGCCAAGAACUCUUUGGAAAGAUACACUCAUUAUUACGAGCGGUGGGCUUCCAACCAACUGUCACGGCAAAAGGCAUUGGCGGAUCUACAGCAAAUGCAAAGUGUUCAUCUUGAGAAGCUUAGCGAAGUACAAUCCCAACCUGAGUCGCAAAUGAAGUUCAUUAUUGAAGCCUGGCAACAGAUAGUUGAAUGUAGGAGGGUACUAAAAUGGACCUACGCAUAUGGAUACUAUCUACCUGAGUAUGAACCCACUAAGAAGCAGUUUUUUGAAUAUAUGCAAGGUGAAGCAGAAACUGGUUUGGAGAGGCUUCAUCAGUGUGCAGAGGAGGAGCUGCAGACUUACCUUAAUGCUGAAUGCCCAUCAAAAGACUUCAAUGACUUCCGCACAAAACUUGCUGGUCUGACAAGUGUAACUCGGAAUUACUUUGAAAACUUGGUUAAAGCAUUAGAGAACGGUCUUGCUGAUGUUGACUCUCAAGAAGCAUCUAGUAAGACCACCUCAAAGAGCAUAGCAGGGAGCAGUAAGGGAAAAGGUGGAAGGGGAAAGGGAUCUUCCUGGACUGGAAACACGGAUGAUUCAGGUAAUUGGGCAUGUGAUCAUUGUACGUACAUGAACUUGCAAUCUGCAACUACAUGCCUCAUGUGCAACCACCAUCGUUGAGACAGGGACUUUGCUGACAAAAACCACCUUCCUAAAGCAUACAAAGGUUGUUGAAAGAGAAAUUUACAGAUUCUCUGCGUCAAGCUUGCUAUGAUUGGGAGAUGCUAGAAAUAUUGAAAAGAAAUUGGAGAAAUAGCACCCAUUUUGUAUGUUUCAGGUUUAUUUGUAUAUUAUCUGGUUUGGGGGUUUUGUGAAUGUGGUUCUUGUAAAUAAUUUUUCCAUCGGGCCUGUCAAUGAGGUUACAUUCUUGAGCUCUGAUCUAGAUGAUUUGAUUUCCUUUCAUUACACAAGCACGAGAAGGCCUCAUCUAAGGCAUCUUUCAUUCUCCGUCUUGAAUGACAGUUAAUAAUAGUUGGUUUUGUACUUCGUAGACCUGUCAAAUGCACCAUUUAUACCGAAUCUUGAAUAAUAGCUAGUUGUGUGUACUUAAAUUCGUGCUUC